GAAGUGAUGAGGUGAGAUGGAGGCUGUCUAUCUCAAUUUUGGUUUUGUUAUGGUGUAUUACAAGUAACUAUGUAUCAUAAUAAAUGUAUGCCAACUCUCCGCCGUCGUGAAUAUAUUUACUUCUGGCGUCGGGUGUGAAAGAACUCAGACUCUCACCAAGUUUCAUUACCUUUUCUUGACCAGUAGACGCGGAAACCGUUCCUCCAUGUGGGCGUAGUGAGGUUUCGUCUCCUGGUGGGCUCUACCUCCAAGCUCCUCCAGACUACUUGACCGGUACUCAGUAGAACACAAGUGCAGAACGGGCGCAAAAUUAAAAAAUCUAUGGCCUCACGCUACCUGUUGGAUUGCACGCGCGUUAAACCUUUCUUUGCACGUACAAUCUCUACCUCCCCGACACGCCUGCUCCUCCAGUCUUCUCCUUCAUCGACCUCACCGCCUCCACCAAACCCACCAUUUGCCACGACCUCCGAAGAGCUUCCACAACCGACGAUGACAACCCAUUACAAAAUAACCCUACACCGCUCCGCCAUCUCUCUCGGCUCCCGCAUCAAAGACACCCUUACCUCCCUCGGUAUACACAGAAGAUUCCAGACAGUGUAUCAUAGACAUACACCCGAAGCCGCAGGAAAGAUUUUGAAGGUUAAAGAGCUCGUGCAGGUGGAGAAUGUCCCUGGGUGGAUGGUCAAAACAAAGGAGGAAAUGACGAAAGAGAGGCAGGCGAAGAGAGGGUAUAAGGUUGUUGGAGAAAGGAGAGGUGUUAUAUAGGCAUUGUUUGUUAUUAGUGUCCCCCAAUUUUAAUAUCCUGUAGGGAAUAAUCUAUGAGCAAGGAGAUUCCAGCGUAUGAUUCUGAAUGCCUGAAUCUUUACUUCCUUUCAUUUUGACCUUGAAUAAUG